CUCUAAUUAAUUGAUUUCUACUUCACAUCACUUUACAUUACAAAGUUUAUGUGUUUGUCACGUAUAGGUUCAAAUAAAUAAAUAAAUAAAUAAAUAAACUAUGCAAUAAGUCUCCGUGUGACAACGUCGCCUUUAACCUAAUUUUACUCAAACGUCAACAGAAGUGACAUCUCACCUAUAUUAUUUUUAGAAUUGUUUGUUUAAUAGGAAUUAAUAUGAUGAAGCAACGACAAAAAAUGAAAAAUUACGACACAGCAUACAGAAAAAUUGACAAGGACAGUGAUCACAGUGAUGAAGAAACGGAAUUAUUUAGAUUGAAACCUGCACGAAAAGAAAUCCCCAGUAUUGAAAAAUCAAUAGAAGAAGGUGACACAUUACAGGCAUUGGCAAUAAGGUACAAUUGUACUAUUGAGGACUUGAAACGACUCAAUAACAUCCACAAAGAUAAUGAAAUCUAUGCGAAAACUAGUAUUAAAGUACCCUACAAGCCAUUUUCUAUGGCCCUGGCUGGUGUACAUGUUAGUGGUAAAAGUUCUCCCAACGAAAACACUGAUCCAUCUGUUACUAAUUUAAUAAGCUUUGAUGAGUUUCACAUAAAGCUACAAGAAAAUUUAGAAGUGAUCCCCAAAAAGGAGAGUGAAUCUGACGUGAAUAAAAUCAUAUUUAAUACCAACCUUAAGCAUGCACCAGUUCAAGUGAUAACUGAUGAUUUUUGUAUAGAACAUUCAGAAGAAGAAAUCAAUUUGUUGCCGCAAGUUGAAGAAUUGCCAACUGCAGAUCCAGUUAUAUCAAAGUUAAAUUGUAGUGGUGCAGAUGGUGACAUCUCUUGGAUAGCACUUAUUGUGUGUAUAGGGGUUGUAAUUGUUGCAAUUCCUUUAAUAUAUGUAUUUUAUAUAGCUGAACAUCCUGAAAAAUAUGAGCACCAUCAUAUAUGAUGAGUUUUUAUUAUUAUUUAAAGAGAAAUAUGACUAAGAAUCUCAAAGCAGAAAAAAUAUUACAUGAUUUAAAUGAUAUUAAUAGUGAGAUGGGUUGACUAUAAAUAACUGCAUUAUUUGGUUGUGAGAUUCAGUAAAUUUCAAUAAUAGUCAAUAAAUUCUAUUGUAACAUUAUUUUUUAUACUACUAUAAAGUGUUUUCUUAACAGUCUGUGAUUGUAGGGUAAUCUAAACCCAUAAUAUUAUUUAUGCAAAUACCCUUUACUAAUUAAGAUUAAAUUUUAUAUCAAAACAAUAUUAACUUGUAAGAAUCAUCAUGUUAUACAACAAUUUUAAGACACAAAAAAUUAUAUAUUUGUCAAAGACAAAUUUACAACACUUAUUUAUUGUAAGAGGUUUUAUUACUUUUGAUAAUUGCAGAUGUGUAUUAAUUAAAUAAUUGAAAAAUAAGUGAUGUAUUUAAGCAACUUAUGUAUAUUACUGUAAAUAUUAUAUACAUGUGUAUAUUUUUAUAUAAAUUUGUAAAUAAAUAUUUUAUGCAGCUUCUGCAGUUUAUACAGUG